UUGUAUAUAUAUAAAAUAAACGAAGAGAAUAGGAGUACCUGCCGCUGCCUCAUUUGUUGUUAUUAGCGACACGAAAACAAUUUCAUUUGCAGUCGCCAAGGAGUUUGAGUUACCAGAGACAGGUGCAUCUCGAAAUUGAAACUGCAGCUGUUUAUUUAUAGCAACAAACAGCAACAACCACCCCCGGAAAGGAGCAGUGGGAGUCAAAGUGGGUGGAGAAGUGAGAGCUGGUGUGGGUGGGUGGACAAGCCCAAGUACAAGUACAAGUGCAAGUACAAGGAUAUAUAUAUUUAGUUGGCCAGUCAAAGUCAAGUUCUUAACUGAAUAUGGAGUCAACAACAACAGCACCAGCUGCGGCUGCCGUUCCAGCGACAACAACAACAACGACAACAACAACUGCGGCAACGGCAACGGCUGCCCAGGCGAAGCGUGGCACCCAACAGGGUCGUAAAAAAUCUGGACCGAAAUUCGAAUUGACCGAUUCACAGAAAUCGGACAUUAAGGAGGCCUUCGAUUUGUUUGAUAACGAAUGCACGGGCUUCAUUGAAGUGAAAGAGCUGAAAGUAGCCAUACGGGCCUUGGGCUUUGAGCCCAAAAAGGAGGAAAUUAAACGUAUGAUUGCUGAAAUCGAUAAGGAUGGCAGCGGGCGUAUAGCAUUCAAUGAUUUUCUUCAUCUAAUGACUACGAAAAUGGCCGAAAAGGAUACCAAAGAGGAGAUACUGAAAGCGUUUCGCUUAUUCGAUGAUGAUGAGACGGGAAAAAUAUCAUUUAAGAACCUCAAACGUGUGGCCCGUGAAUUGGGAGAGACUCUCACGGACGAGGAGCUACGCGAAAUGAUCGAUGAGGCCGAUUUGGACAACGAUGGCGAGGUCAAUCAAGAAGAAUUUCUACGUAUUAUGAAAAAGACCAGUUUGUAUUAGGGCGAAUCCUCUCCACAAAAGGAUUCACUCGCUCUCAAUUAUUUGUAGCUCUAAGAUGCAUUCCUUGUAUUUUGUAAAUGUCUAAGUCAAAAUAUAAAUAUUGUUAAGUUUUAGUUAAGCUCAUUUAUUUAUUGUAUUUGCCGUGAAAUGCUUUCGAACAAAAAAACGGGUCCUUGAUUUCCAUACCUUGCUUUACGUGUAAGUUGAAAAUGUUGUGUUCCUUUCUCAAUUAUGUAACUACUUAUUAUUAUGUAUGCAUUUGCAAAUGUUUCAUGCUAAGAAAUAAAAGCACCGGCUGUAUUUUUGCACAAUAA